UGGUCAAUAUAAUACAUUUGUAACCCUGACCCAAAAAGAGGUCUUGGGUUAUAGUAUUAUUUUAUAUGACUGUGUUUACUAUUUGCAUAAUUUCCCCUUUUCUAAUCUUUUAUGAUGUUUCAUCUUUUCUACUGGUGACUUGUGUUCCAGUAGACCUUUGAUCUUUUCCUACUUUUGUUAAAGCCUGUCUUUGAUCUUGCCCACUUCCUGGAAGAAUAGAGGAUGUCUUUUGUGUCCUCUGCCUUUUAUUACUGACUGGUGUACCAGUUGUGUACUCUUCCAGGAGCUAAGCAGGAUGUAGGGACACUUAAUCCCUGGUUGUUGAUCACACCUUGCAGAAGCUGUGAAAACCACAAACUCUGCUGAGUGUUCAUCUGCCUGGUUACUAAAUGACCAAUCAGUAUUAGAGUCUUGUGUGACAAUUUGAAGUUGGACCAAUGAGAGCCUGGCUAGUCAUGUGAUCAGGGCAUGGUCUUGGUGCUAGCUGCCCCAAAAUUUUAGCAGAGCUUGGCAUUCCUGAUUCUGCCACCGUGCUGACUGCAUGCCUGCCAUUUUCACCAGCCAUUUUGCAUCAUUUUGUUGUUCGAUUGGGGGAUCCUGAUUCCAAGUUUCCCUCCUUUUUGCACGAAUGUUGGCUCUCUGUUUUAGACCAAGAAGACUGGACCAGCUGUGUCACUUCAAGGGAGACCUAGACGGGACCGUCUGAAUGUUCCCCGAUCUGCCCGCCUGACACCCUUUUACGUGCUCCAGUGAGUCGGAGACCCGUCACUACCCUUGACGUUCAAAGCCAAGACGUCCGAGCAACCCAGCUCCACCCAAGAUCCUCGAUAUCCGAGUGACCAAGUCUUCCAAGAAAACCCAGCUCUACCCUAGACACAGCCACUAGCACUGCCCUAGACACAGCCACAUCAUCUGUCAAGACCUCCAUCAACAUGGCUCGCAUUGCGUUGGUGUUAGUGGCCCUGCUAAAUUGUUUCACUUCUUUGAAGGCCUACACGGAUCCUCAGUGCUCUAACUACGACCAUCAAACCUACGGCUGUGUGGGCGAGUGUAUCUCAACAACCUCGUGCCCGGGGGGCAAAUACAUCUCCAACUUGUGCCCAACCCAGCCUGCUGGAGUUAAGUGCUGCUUCACAGCGGACAGCGAUAUUGAAUGCGCCGACUAUAACCACUGGCAAUACGGGAAAGUUGGACACUGUAUCUCCACAUCCCAGUGCCCGGGCAACACAUACAUCUCCAACCUCUGUCCCACCAAAAGCGCCGGCAUCAAAUGCUGCUUCAAGAAACCCACCGAUACCUGCUCAGCUUCAGGCAGUUGCAGUCAGACUGUGAAGUCGCUGGCCUGUCAGGUGCAGAGCCACAGCAGAAUCACGCUGCUUGCCAACAACAAGCACCUGAACCCCCUAGGGGCAGAUGACGGAGCGGAUGCAGCAUCCAACAUACGGGACACCUGCAACGGCAAACCAGCUAAACUAUCAAGCUACUGCUGUUCGUCUGGUUGUGCGCCCGGUGGUUCGGUGUGUCUGAGCGCCAAGGCAUUGCAGUACCUACUGGAUGUAGCAAACGCCGGGUAUAACUUUCAGGUCAAUGCCAUCACCGGUGCCUGCCACUCCACUACAUCUCGCCACUACCGAGGCACGGCGGUGGACCUGCAGAUCUUCAGUGGUUCUAACUACGCCGCCUGGAUGAGCAAAUGCUCGGCCGCUGGGGCAGCGGAGAACCUGGGGCCGGGGAACGCCGGCCACAGCACUCACACCCACUGCGCGUUCUAUAGUUAAAGAACUCAAGAAACAGUGCCGGGAAAGUACUAACUUUAUGUUUCCACUGCAUGCAAUGAAAAGACGCCAUUUAGUUGCAGCCAGUGAGCUGUUUGUUAAAUUAGAUAAUAUAUGAUUUCCUUAUUUUUUCCAAAAUUGUUUAUUAAUUUUUCAUGAUUUAUUUAGUGAGUUGUAAUUUUCUUAAUUCAUGUUAAAGUCUAAUUGUUAUACAAUUCGUGUAAAAGUUAAGUCUGACCAAUUCAGAAAUUGUGCUAGAACUAUGAGAUGCUAAUAAGCAACAUAUUAUAUUUCUUUAUUGUGUUUCCUUCAUUUUCAGUAUGCAACUUUCGUUGACAUUUCUUUAAUUGCAAAAGGUCAUGCAGUGGCUGAAUUCACGGGAUAUCAAUAAGAUUGGAUGAAAAAACCCCCACAUAUUGUCAGGUAUUGUCAAA